AUGGAACCACCACAAGACAUCCUCGACGAACCCUCCGGUGUCGCAGCCUUCCACAUCUACGCCCAGAGCUGGCAAACCCCAAACCAUACAACUUCCACCACCGAAUCCGCAUCCCUAAAACUCCGCCAAAUGAUACUAGAGGCCGACGACAAAGAAGAAGCCAUAUACUCCACCAUCCGCGCCCUGCACAAAUUCGCCUGCAAAACCCCACCCGCACUAGACCAUGCCCUUAACAUCAUGGCACAGGGUUUCGCUCAACUCCCAGAAACAGCUGAGCUUCCUGGUAUCAAAGGCCCCGAGGGCGCAUUUCUCAUUCUGAAAUGGUGGCUUGUAGACUGGGCGCAGAGAUUCAAGGGGUCUGCGUAUGGGGAUGAUUGGGGGGAGGAGAGUGAACGUGGUUCGAUUGAUGCUAGGGAAACAAAAGAUGGGACGAAUGUAUUUUUCGGGAGCGAGGAAGUUUCGAGUGAUAUUGAUGGUGUUUUAGAAAAAGUCAGAAAUUUGCAGCAAGCAAGACUGGAGUUCAUCGUUGCGCUGGCCAUGCAGGGCAGAUGCUAUUCUAUGGGAGCCAGUCAUUGGGAUAUUAUGGAUUCGGCUGUGCCUUUGAUUGAUAAUGCUCUUGUGCCGCAUCAUCCGAAUCAGGUUCCGAUUUGGGGUAAGGUUGAGGUGAUUGGGUGCUCUGCUUUGCUUCGCGGGUGCGUGAGGACUUUGUUUGAGCGUGUGCCUGCUGAGUUGAGGGGAAGGAAGCGUGUUGAGUGGGUGGAGGGGUUUGGGAGGUUUUUGAAUCAUGAUCCUUGUGGUGCGUUGGGCGGUGAUUUUGUUUUGAAGGUUCAUGCUGCGAGAGCGAUUGAGAGCAUCAGGAGUGAAGAUACCGUCGAUGAAGAUAGCACUAGGCUCUUUGCACUUUUCGAUUGGGUAUUCUGA